GCAGAGCCUUUGAAUUCAAUUUCGUAAUUUCAAAACAAUCUGACUAACAAAUUCCCUGAGAAAUGAGAAUUACGGCCUUGCUACGCAAACAUACGGCCAGUGUGUUGUUUCUACACGGCGCUGGAGACACUGGACCCGGCGUCGCCGAGUGGGUGCACAGUUUGAUUGGCAGUGAUAUUGCUGGGAAAUCGCAUAUUAAGGUCCGAUAUCCAACGGCGCCAUAUCAAAGCUACGCGCCCUUCGACGGCGAAUUGUCAAAUGUGUGGUUCAAUCGUCCGUCCCGAGAUUACGAUGCAGCCGAAAUAGCUUCGAGCAUGUCGGAGGCUUAUGCCAUUGUCGAUGGACUCGUGCAGCGGGAAACGGAUGCGGGCAUACCGCUGAAUCGAAUUAUUAUAGGCGGCUUUUCAAAUGGCGGCGUCUUGGCGCUGCACGCAGGCUACGCUAUGAACUUGACUGUGGCUGGAAUAUUUGCGCACUCGGCAUUUCUGAAUCGCCAAUCGGCGGUCUAUGAGCAGCUGCAGGCUGCAGCGUCCGGCGAUCUGCCCGAGUUAUUAAUGCAACAGGGCGAUGCAGAUGAAAUGGUGCCACAUGCUUGGGCGGAGCAAACUUACGACGACUUGCAAGCUCUUGGAGUCUCGGGCACAUUUAGCACUUUAAAUAAUACAGCACAUGAGCUGACUGAGGAGUCUAUGCAGGAGCUGCAGAUGUGGAUACGCGAUAGGUUGCCAUAAAAAUGUUUAAAGCUUUAAUCAAGCGCAACUGGCUGUGAAUUUAUUAUGCCAUCAGUCAAUAGAAUUUGCAACCCUCCUGCAACUGUUUAA